AUGCAACAGGUCAAUCACAUGGAGAAGACACUGCAAUGGAUUUUAUGGUUCUCCUUAAUCCAAAUUUUCCUUAAACUAGGUGACUCAGUAAUAGAUGGAAGGAAAUUACUCGUCACAAACGAUGACACUCACCCUGAUUUCAUAAGCAUUGACUGUGGAGCAAGCAAUGAAUACACUGACACACAAACUGGAAUCUGGUAUCAAACAGAUACGAGUUUUGUGGAAACUGGAACAAAUCAUAUGGUUGAAUCGGCAUCCAGAUCUGACUUGAAUUAUCUUUAUUUUGGGAGACAACUGCAAACGUUGAGAAGUUUCUCCGAAGGAAAAAGGAAUUGCUACACCCUAAAACCAAAACAGGGUGAACACAACAAAUACCUCAUCAGAGCUUUCUUCUCUUAUGGAAAUUAUGAUAGCAAAAAUCAAACCCCAACUUUUGACUUAUACCUUGGAGUCACUUUUUGGUCAACUGUUGAUUUGGGAGAUAAUUAUUAUGACUAUAAAGAGAUUAUCCAUAGUCCCACAACCGACACCAUACACGUUUGCCUUCUCAACACUGGCAAAGGAAUACCUUUCAUUUCUACACUGGAACUUCGACCUCUCAGCAAUUCUAUUUAUCCAACUCUGUCCCCUUCUCAUCAAUCACUUUUGGACCAUCAAGCAAGUCUUGAUAUAGGCUCCACCAGUUUGGUCACGCACAGCAGGUGCCUUUAA